AUGGCUGACCCUCUCUCUAUUGCUGCUAGUAUCGCUGGCGUCGUCCAACUUUCCGGAACAGUCUUCAAACUCAUUACCAAGUUCGUCAGGGAUGCCAAGGAUGGUCCAUCAAAAGUUCGGGAUCUUGAGGUCCAGACAAGGAAUCUGGCCGGCAUCCUCGAGAAUCUUAAGCUACUCGCCUCUUCGCUGGACGACGAGAACUCGAAAUGCGCUCUAAAGGCGCAACAUCUCAACUCGUGUCGCCACACACUGCUUACGAUUGAGAGAAAGCUCCAAAAAGCGAAAGAUGACUUUGAGAGUGAAAAACCCCUCAAAGUUAUCUCACGACGCCUGAAAUGGCCUUUUGCAUUGUCCGAAACCGAGGAACUGUCGGCAGAGCUUCUCAGUCACUGCUCGACCAUACAGCUUGCGCUUUCUGCAGACAGUAUGGAUGCUUUAUUGAAGUGCCUUUCAAAGCAGGGUGAGCUGAACAAGAUGGUUGAAAGGAAACUGAACAUCGAUAUGCGGGUGCAAUUGAAUCAGAAACGCAAAGAGGUCAUUGACUUCUUCUUGCGCGUGAACCCACAAGACAACUUUCAGAUGAGUCUCGAGCUGCGUCAUCCGAUGACGGGGCUAUGGCUCACUGAGAGUGAUCCCAAUUUCCAGCGUUGGAAGGAGGCUGGGAACGCGAAGCUUUGGCUCAGUGGCAUCCCCGGAGGUGGAAAAACUGUACUCUGUGGCUCGGUCAUCGAGAUAGUUCUGCAAGAAACCGACAGCUGCACAGCCGUGUGCUAUGCCUUUUGCGACUACAAAGAUGCCAAGACACACCAGUCUGAUAAUAUUCUUGCUGCUCUAGCCGUCCAGCUUGGGCAGCAGAAAAAGGAGGCCUUUAAUCUCCUCGAGGAGUACUUUGAUGAGCUAAAUCCCCAAGAUCAGCUCCCAAAGCAACCAAGAAGAGAGCAACUCCUCAUCCUUCUCAAGGAUAUGGCCUGUAUGUUUGACAAAGUCUAUCUUGUGAUAGAUGGACUGGAUGAAUGCGGUGACAACAUCGUCGGCAUGACUCAAAGCUUAAAGUCACUGGCGGACAGCUCGCAAACCAUCAGUGCUGCAUUCUUCAGUCGCAAAGAGGAAGACAUUCGAGAGGAAUUGGAGGAUGACUAUGACCAGAUUGAGAUUGAAGCUCAUACUGAAGACUUGGAGGCCUACACUUUGGCUCAGAUCAGCCAAAGAAAGUCCCUCAAGAAGCUCGAGGUCGCAAAUCCGAGUUUGCAUGAGGAGAUUUUCCGCACCCUUGUUCAGGGCUCUCGCGGCAUGUUUCGCUGGGUGGCUUGUCAAAUUGAUCAUAUCAGUGACCUGCCCACCAAUAAGGCUCGGAGAAACGCCUUAAAGGAACUCCCUCCGACCCUGUUCGGCACAUAUGACAGGGUCCUGGAUAAAGUCAGGAAAUCUGCUCCUGAAACCCAGGAGUUUGUCCGCAAGGCUCUUCAUUGGGUCAGUCUUGGGCAUCACUGGAUAAGCAUCCCUGAAUUGUGUGAGGCAAUAUCUAUCGACGAUGAACUCGACGAAAUCGACGAGGACGACAGAAUCGAUGAUAUCGAAAUCUCCCGCCGCUGUGGCUGCCUUCUUCGCAAGUCGGUGGACGGGAGGUACUUUGAGCUUUCUCACUUCACCGUCAUGGAGUAUCUUCGCGGUAGCAACUCCGUUGGCGAAUUCCACUAUUCCGAGAUAGAGGCUUUCCGGUCAUUAGCGAAGACGGCUUUGAGGUUUCUGAUGUUUCCCAGCUUUGAUCGAAAACCGACGACUCUCGCGAAGAUGGAACUUGCACAAAGAUUAGAACGAAACCAGUCCCAUCCCUUCUACCCUUUUGCGGCCCUUCUUCUCGAUCGAGAAUACGUCCCCUCAGCCCUUUUCGUGACUUGGAGGUUGGCGUUUGGAGAAGAGCCGGUGCUGUUCUGGUGCAAACAACUGUUCAAUCCGACCAAACCGGGUUCUUUCAUGGCUUGGUGCCUGGAGUUAGCGACCCGGCCUUUCGACAAACCAAGAUACGUACUCAGGCCCGCAGAUCGUGACCCAGCUAUCGCCGAUGAGGAGUUUGGUAGGAUUUUAGGCGAUGUUCUGAAUCCUGCUACCACUCCACUGCACAUGGUCGUAAAACUGGCCAUUCCGAAGAUUUGCGAGUUUCUACUCCAAAAAGAUGUUGACGUCAAUUUGAUCAGCCCUUUUGGAGUCCCAUUGCACACCGUGUCAUAUUUCCUAUAUAGGUCUUCCAGCAAUUAUGAUCAAGAUCACACCGAAAUCUUGUCAAUGCUACUGGACCAUGGUGCAGAUACCUCUAUUCGCUUUCGGUACGAACCCUACUUGUAUAAGGGAAAUUACACCGGGAAAAGCGUCCUCGCUCUGACGUUGAGCGGCCCGAUGCAUGGAAAGAGUUUGGCCCUCGCCCGCGCGUCAACUGCAGUCCUAGAGGAUGCCGUAAAGGAAUUUUCUGAAUAUCUAGGGCCUGGACCCAGACCCCCCUUGAGCAUCGACUUUCUGCAAGCCGUUUUGAAAAUAUCCACCGGUAGAGAUGCUCCUUCUCAGUGGCGACCCUUGGCAUCGCCUGCGUUGAUCAUGGCAAAAAAGCAACGCUUGUCAAUACCCGAUGCGCCCGAUAAUGUUCUUUACGACCAAUUAAGUGACGACGAUUUCAUUGAGGCCAUGAGGAUUGCGAUCAUGCAUGGCCUAGUGGAAGAUCUAUCCGCACUGAUUGCAAACAACCGUUUCCUCGCUGUUCUCCCACAACGAGAGCCUAGUAUUCGCAGGUUGUUGCGACUUGUGGCGGAGAGUAACGCUACCCAUGGUGGAAAAAUCAUGGGUCUUCUCCUUGAUUCAGGACUAGACUCUGAUAUUCUCAACUCAGAGACCCAAAACUGCUUUUACAUCAGUUGCAAGUCAGCCAACGCCGAAGUCGCUCAGCUCCUGCUCACUAGAGGAGUUGAUGUUUACGGCCGAAACCUCGAAGGCGAAACAGCUUGGCACAUUUCUGCCUCGACAGCUGCCGCCGAUCUCUCUCGUUUAAACAACCCAAAGCCAUCCGAUCCCAACCUCAUCGACCUAGUACUUGGUGGAUCUAGCACAAACCAAAUACCGAUGGUCCAAGCCCUUUUUGAUAAGGGAGUCAGACUGAAGGCAGGGAGUGAGUCGCAGGCCACCGUCGACGCUGCGGGGAAAGAUAAAUGGGAUGUGGUCAAAUGGCUUGUCACCCUCGGCGGCAAUCCGUUUUUCCAAGACGAAGAGGGCUGGGCAGCCGUUCAUUUUGCUGUUAGAGGGCAGACUAUUGACAUGAUCAAGUGGCUGGAGGGGUCAACUUCAGCCAAGCCAUCCUGGGAAGCUACUUGUCGAUCAGUGUCAAUAGUGACUAAACAUGUUGAUGAUGGCUUGAGCUUGUUGCAUCUGGCGGCUACUAACGGCAAAGAUGACAUGAUCACAUAUUUUCUGGAUCAGGGACUUCUCAAAAACAUCAACAUUCCUACCAAAUCUGGAGAAACUCCACUUCAUUCCGCGGCAGGAAACGGCUGCCUUUCGACGUGUGAAUUACUUAUUAGCCGUGAAGCAAAACUCGACAUGCCAACCAAGGAUGGGAGCUUUCCAAUUAACUAUGCCCUCCGAGGGGGUCACAUGGGGGUAGCCGAAUGCUUACUCAAGGCUGGAUCCCCAUCGAUGGCUGAAUGGGCCGACGAGGCAAUCAUGAGUCUUACACCCGACCAAGAAGCACUCUGUCGAUCCGCCGAGUCUACCAAAAUCAGCAAGCGCAUGCGAGAUAUAUGGUUUGAGAAAGCGAUUCUUAGUGGGGACCUGGCAGCGUGCCAGAAUGCCAUCAACCACGGUUGUUCUCUCCACCAGCCUCUCCCUAGCUGUCACAACUGCACCCCGUUGUUUGCUGCAAUUCGUGCUGGCAAAGAAGAUGUGAUUGAGUGGCUGUUGACGAAAGGUGCCGGUCUAGCAGCUGUUUCCUGCUAUCACAACACGUAUUGUGACCUACCUCAACAUGUCAUGGAAAGUUUCAUCUCAACCGAUUGUAUGAGCAAAGUCCUCUCUGCUUCUCUUCAGCAGAGAAUCUUCUGGUACCCUGGGUCCAUUAGUCCAAUCUACAUUGCCGUUGAAGAAGACCAUGAAUUUGGUCUCGAGGCCAUACUCACCCACAUUCAAAGUAACAUAUCAGAUUACCGAACUUUGUUGGAGCCUCAUCUCAUGACUGAGUCCCGAUUAAUGUCCGACAGGGAGGUUUUGUCACUGUUGGUCAACCAAACCAAUAACCUCGAAGAUAAUGACACCGCACUUCAUAAAGCAGUUUACGAGGGCAAUCUCAGUGCGGUAGAGUUACUCAUCGACCAUGGAGCUAACGUAAACGCACAAAGUGAAGAUCAACCAACGCCACUGAUCAUUGCGUCUCGGUCAGAUGACGUUGAGAUCACACAAAAGCUACUUAAUUCUGGUGCUGUGGUUAAUUCCACGAAUUGCCAAGGCUAUACCGCAAUGGCGGAAGCUGUCAAAAGGGGCAACCUGGAUAUUGUGAAGCUCCUGGCCGCGGAAAGCUCAUCUAGCUUGGAUUAUAUUUCUCCUGCUGGGGAAAAUUUGGUAUCGCUUUCAACGCAAGCAGAGUCACCCCUGGAGACAUUCCAGUACCUCAUCUCUCUUGGAGUAAGCGUACUACACAAAGACCUAUUUGGCAGCUGCGGACUUCACAAAGCCAUGUGGGACCCUGAUCUCUUCGACUACAUCAUCAAAUCCGGGUUGUUAUCCCAGAUGCCAACCGGGCCUGUCAAUCCAUUUACUGUUGCAAUCGAAUGCGCUGUCUCACUGAAGCAAGUAUUCAAAUGUUUGCCACCAGUGAUCUCAAAAGGAUUCAUUGACCUGGGGACGCCGGGAUGGCUAAGCCCCCUUUGCGAGACAGCCUACCGAAACCUACCUCAGGCUGCGGCUCAAUUACUUGAUUUCCAAGCCGACAUCGAGCAUGAGGGCUCGCCAUUGGGUACACCUUUGAUGGUUGCCGCCGCGUUCGGUAAACUUGAUGUCGUCAAAUUGCUUGUUCGGAGAGGGGCCAAACUAGGGUACGUCGACAAGAACGAGACGUAUAGGAGCGCGUUCAUUUCCAGUCUUCUGCAUACGGAGGUUACCGCGUGGCUACUCGUUGGUCGCUUCCGAGACCAGCAGAAGCUAGCUGAUUGUCCAUUCUGGGAAAAUGCUACGGUCAAAACUUGGAGUGGUACAAGGGCAGCACAGAUCGAGCUGAAACCAUAUCAGCAGUUGCUUCGGGGAGAGUCGAUGUUGGAUUACGGCAAACGGAUUUUGUGGAUUAGGAAGAAUUUGGUAGGCCAGCGAGUUGUUGGGAAGUUGGUCUAA